CAGCAGUUUUCCGCUCAGUUUUUAUCGUUGAAUCUUUUGUGAACAGAAAAGCUGUUAACGAAGCUCGCGCUGGUGCUGCAGACACAACAGCGUCACAUGUUGUGAUCUGCAGGAAAAUCCCUGAGGUAGGAAGAGCAGCCCUCAUCUUCAUCGCUAUUUCUGCUGAGUCAUCAUGGCCGGAGCGCUGAGGAUGACUGAAGCUCAGUUCAUCAACGUCUACGACAGCGACCUGCAGUUGAAUCUGAUGCCGUACGACUACAUCCCUCCUGUGGACAUUAAGACGGAACCGUACAUACCUGAGACAGCUCAUGGUCCAUACGUCCAGAUCAUCGAAGAACCAAAACAGAGGGGAUUUCGUUUCCGUUAUGAGUGUGAGGGUCCGUCUCAUGGUGGUUUGCCCGGUGCCUCCAGUGAGAAGAACAGGAGAACAUAUCCGACUGUAAAGAUCAACAACUACGUGGGUCACGCUCGGGUCGAGGUCCAGCUGGUGACACACACAGAUCCUCCACAAGUCCACGCCCACAGCCUGGUGGGACGCCACUGCACCGAGAAAGGCACCUGCACGCUGGAUGUCGGCCCCAACGACCUCACCGCCUCGUUCAGUAACCUCGGGAUUCUUCACGUGACCAAGAAAGGUGUCGUCGAUAUUUUGUACAAAAGACUGAGAGACGAGAGGAAGCGACAGAAAGGAGCGCACUGCACACUGACAGACGAUGAGGACACCUCGUGUCUGAAGGAGGCAAAGGAACUGGGGAAAGUGAUGGACCUGAACAUCGUCAGGUUAAAGUUCACCGCCUUCCUUCAGGACAGUAACGGAGGAUUCACCAGAGCGCUCAAACCUGUCGUCUCCAACCCCAUCUAUGACAGCAAGUCUCCGAAUGCGUCCAACCUGAAAAUCUCUCGGAUGGACAAGACGUGCGGCUCUGUGCUCGGAGGAGACGAGAUCUUCCUGCUCUGUGACAAAGUGCAGAAAGAUGACAUUGAGAUUCGCUUCUAUGAGGAGGACGACGAGGGCGGCUGGGAGGCGUUCGGAGACUUUUCACCCACCGACGUUCACAAACAGUACGCCAUCGUGUUUAAGACGCCGCCGUAUCACAGCACAGAGAUCGAGCGUCCCGUCACCGUCUUCCUGCAGCUGAAGAGGAAGAAGGCCGGCGACAGCAGUGACCCCAAACAGUUCACUUACAUCCCACAGGUCCAAGACAAAGAGGAAGUGAUGAGGAAGAAGCAGAAGCCACUGCCGCACUAUGAAACCUGGAGAGGAGGAGGAGGAGCCGGGGGGUUCGGGGGAGGAGGAGGUGGAGGAGGCGGGGCUGGAGGAGGAGGAGGAGGAGGAUUUCAGUUCAACCAGCAGAUGAACGGAGGGGGAGGAGUCUUCUUCACAGGAGGCUUCACAGGUUUCGGCGGAGGGGGAGGGUCUCAGAUGUCAGGCUCUGCCCCUCAGACUGGUUCACAGCUGCAGCAGCAGUUGUUUCAGAUCGCGACAACGCUUCACAGUCGAGCAUCGACGAGUGCACGAAACACUGCCGCCGCCCUGCUGGAGUACUGCAGCACCGGCGACGCCCGAGUCCUCCUCGCCAUCCAAAGACAUCUGUGCGGCGUCCAGGACACUAACGGAGACACUCCUUUGCACCUGGCCGUCAUCCACCAGCAGACGAGCGUCGUGCAACAGCUGAUCCACACUCUGCUCAGCAGCGAGCAGCGCCGCAUCCUCAACACGGCUAACAACCUGCGACAGACUCCUCUCCACCUGGCCGUGAUCACACGGCAGGUGAAAGUGGUGGAGGCACUGCUGAGAGCGGGGGCGGACCCCAGUCUGACAGACCAACAUGGCCGCAGCCCACUCCAUCUGGCGGCGCUGGCCGGAGACAACGCCGCGGUCCGCCUUCUACUGGCUCACCUGGGAGAAAGCCACGCCCACUUGGUCAACACGCCUGACUACGACGGUCUCCACCCCCUGCACCUAGCGGUGAAGAGAGACGCAGAGCGCUGCCUCCGCCUACUGGUGGAGGGUGGAGCCAAGAUCAAUGCACCUGAGCAGAAGAGCGGAAACACGGCGCUGCACCUGGCCGUCAGAGAAGAUCUGUUCAAGGUGGCGUGUACACUCAUCACCGAGCUCAAGGCCGACGUCAACGCCUGCACGUUUGGAGGAAACACGCCGCUGCACCUGGCCGCCGCUCUGGGUUCACCCACGCUCUGCUCCAUGCUCAUCGCCGCAGGUCAGUGAUGUCACAGACGUGAU